CAACUUUUAAACCAGCUUUGAAAAGACCGCGCUGGAACCAACCAAUCAGAAGCCAGAGAAUUAGGUCAGGUAAAUAGCGUCCCCGAAAGCAGCAAAACAAAGGAUUGAAACUUCGCUGGAUUCGUUUCGAUUGAUACACAACUUAUAUAAAGAUUUGAGGGUCCAAACAAUGAGGCUGCCACGCAUGUUAAUAGCGGGUCAUAGCUUCGUAAGUAGGAUAGAGUCCCCCCCAGUGAUUUGGAAAUGCCCAUCAAACCUUGGACUAACAAAUGCGUUGUUGACUUUUGAGGGACUGAGUGGUGCAUCGACAGAAAGUUUGUGGGAAAAGCGCCUUCAACACAUCAAUCUCUGUAAUUUUGAUGGAGCAUUUAUACAAGUGGGUGGAAAUCAGCUGACUGGUAGAGAUUGUAUUGGCGAAGUAAAGGAAGUGGUGGACAAAGUUAUUCACCUAGCCAAGAGAAUUCAAGAGAAGGUACCACUGGUAUAUGUCGGAAAACUCUUCUACAGAGGGGUAUCAGACGCCCCCUCCUGCAGAUUGCGCACAGAUGAAGAAGCAGAAAUUUAUAAUAGAAAAGUGGAGAUGACAAAUAGGCUAUUGAAAGAGAAAUUUAAAGACCUCAAAAACAUUCAUCUAUGGUAUACUAAAGGUGUUCAGUUAUUUGCACAAGACCUUCUUCAAGAAGAUGGAACCCAUUUGAAUAGAAGGGGACAUAAAAAAUUCUGGAGGACAUUGCGAGGAGCGACAAUCCAGGUGAUUAAGUGUACACUGAAGAGGGAUGAACAACCCUCCAGGGAUUCCCCCACAGGGUGGAAUGGUCGAUGUAAUGGACCCCCCAAAUCAGCCAGAAGCAGCCCCAGAGGUGAUAGGACCACAGCAACAGCCAGCCCAGGGCGGAGGAGAUCCACAACCUGUCCUAGCCAAUAUAGGGCAACAACCAGGAGAUGGGGCCCAACAAAGAGCACCAGCAGCGGCAGGUGCAGGCCAACAACAAAUAGGUCAGGCAGACAUGGGUCAGCCUGGACAACAAAUGGACCAGGCAGGUAUGGGCCAGCCGGGACAGCAAAGAGGACAAGUGGAGCUAAACCAAGGCAAUCAACAAAUACAGGGUCCAGUCAAUCAGCAAAUGGGCCAGGCUGGUAUGGGCCAGCCAGGUCAGCAAUUUCAUCAGAUGGGCCAGGCAGGUAUGGGCCAGCCAGGUCCACAAUUCCAUCAGAUGGGCCAGGCAGGUAUGGGCCAGCCAGGUAUAGGAAAUCAGCAAAUGGGCCAAGCUGGUAUGGGCCAGCUAGGUCAACAAAUACAUCAGAUGGGAGGCCAGGCAGGUAUGGGCCAGCAAGGUCAACAAUUUCAUCAGGGUGGUCUGAAUCAAAAUAUGAGACCAGCCGACAUGGGUCAGCUGGGACAAAUCGGGGGACAAGCAGAUCAAGGCUUAAUGGCUUAUCAUCAAUUUCCCCAAGGAAGGCAAUGGAAUAUGGGUCAAGGGCAAAAUAUGUUCCCAGGACAUGUAGCUCAACCUCAGCAGGGGAAUAUGAACAAUAUACCAUUAAUGCAAGGUCAGGGCCAACUAAACAUGGGCGCGAUGCAAGGGCAACAUCAGCAAGCAGACAUGGGUCAGCAAAUUGGCGUGAACCAACAAGGAGGUCCGAUGCUCCCCCUAGGACAAACAAUGGGAAAUACACAGGUGGGCAUGGGCCAGCCUAUGAUGAUCGCUCCCGCGAGUGUAUGGGACACAUCAAGAAAUACCCUUCAAUUGCAAGGGUUUCCGGCGACAACACCCGGGUGCCGACACCCUACCAACGCGAAUCCCACACGAGGCAAGUCCAAAAGCCUUAUUAAAGGACGUGAUAAUUUGUUGAAGAAUGCAAAAUGUAAAGGGACACAUAAAACUUAUAAUCAACUCGACAGAUAUAUACAGUCUUUUGAGGAUGAAUUUCACUUUAGAGUUCUAUCUGCGGAUGCUCACACCUUGUCCUUGUUUGUAACAUAUCUAUCAAGGUCAUUGGCCCCCUCAACAGUAAGGACAAUGAUGUCCGCCUUAGCCUAUAAGCAAAAGAUGGCAGGCUUACCGGAUAAUACAAAGCAUUUCUUGGUGCAAGAGACACUGAUGGGUUACACGCGUCAUAAACCCCAAAUAGAUACACGUCGUCCGAUUACUAUUCCUUUAUUGAAAACCUUGGUAGCUACAGUCAGGAAAGAUCAAGGCAAUUCGUGGGAGCCAUUACUAUAUGCUACUAUGUUCUCGGUGGCCUUUUUUGCUUUAUUAAGAGUAGGAGAAAUGGUAGUAGAUGGAACAGGCCAUACAUUGAAUCGGGAAAAUGUGACAUUCAUAGCAAAUGAAAAUAAGUUUGUGAUAACCAUGACAUCAUAUAAACAUUCCAAGCCUGGAGAGAGUGCUUCGUUAUCCUUACAUCCACAAGGAUCCCAUAUUUGUCCGGUUAGUCUCUUAUUUGCAUAUUUGAAUCUCCGGGUAAACUACAACACCCCUCAAUUAUUCAUUCACGAGAAUGGAUUACCAGUAAAACGAGCGGAAUUCACAACGUGUCUCAAUAGAUUAUUACAAUUGAAUGGUUUACAUCUGCAGGGAUACAAAGGCCAUUCUUUCAGGAUAGGGGGAGCCACGUACGCAGCAGCACAAGGUCUGUCAGAACAAACUAUUCGACGUUUAGGUCGUUGGCGUUCAGAUGCCUAUAAGAAAUAUAUUAGGGAUGUGUAAAUAGAGAUGUGCUUGGAAAUAGAUUGAGGAGGAAAUAAAAAUAUGAAUGGAUCUGCUGUAAAGGUGCUUUAAGGAUGCGUGUAAAUAGACAUUUAUUUUUAUAUGGACAAUGCUUAUGGACCACGAAGUUAAAGCUCAGGUGCUAGAUGAAUAGUGUAAUAUAGUAGAAUAAUCUUACAGUAAAGAUUAUAUAACCAGUGCAAAUCUUAUUCGUUACUGAACAAAGUAUUCAUGUCAAUGCUUAUAAAAUUGUUAUUAAGAAUGGAACAGAAUAUUUUCAUAAAAGACAUAAAAAUUUUCUGACAUUUGUUUUAGCCAAAGUAGCGGAUAGUAUAGUCAAAGCAAAAAUGAGAAAACAGUUGUUUCGUUAAACCAAAUUAGAGUUUUGAGAUAACAACGAAUAAAUGUAUCGCAAAAGAUGCAUGAAAGAACGUAGUCUAGUCUAAGUAUACUCAAGAUCGAUUAAUGAUCACUUAAACUUCACAAGAAAGCUGUAGAAAAUUUCUUUGUAUGAUAUUAGAAUCUCAGGAAUAAAGUAGUUUGUUAUUUGUGAUAA